AUGGCUAGUACUGCACAAAAGCUUUUGUUUUUUGUGUUAUAUGCGGUCGUAAAUGGUGUGACGCUGAUGAAAGUAAUGGCGGAAACAGAGUAUAAGACCAAUUCACCCAUAUUUAUAUUUGGGGAUUCAACCGCAGAUGUUGGGACAAACAACUAUCUGAAUAAAUGUACUGCUAGGGCUGAUCAUCGUUACCAUGGAAUCGAUUUUGCUUACUCUAAACCUACAGGACGGUUUAGUAAUGGCAAAAACACUGCUGAUCAAAUUGUGAGGCUAUUGGGGAAUCACCAACUAAGCCCACCACCUUAUUUUGCUCUUCUUUCGCAUAAGCAGACCCUUCAGCGUAACCUACUUCGUGGAUCCAACUUCGCUUCAGCAGGGGCUGGCCUUUUUAGCGAGACAGGCCAAAUACAAUUUAUCAAGGUAAUAUGUAUGGAGGAGCAAAUACAACAAUUGGCUGCAGUUCGUCGUGCUAUAACAGAUUUAUUAGGUUCACCAAAGACUGUUGAUAAUUUAUUUCACAAUUCAUUAUUCAUCAUCAGCGUUGGAAGCAAUGAUCUAGUCGAAUAUACAGUUUCUCAUGGCGGUAUAAUUGAACACCCCAAAGACCUCAUUGCCAAUCUCACUCAAGCCUAUUCCAGACAUUUAACGAAUUUGUAUAAUUUAGGUGCAAGGAAAUUUGGGAUAAUCGGUAUUCCACCAAUUGGCUGUUGUCCAGCUUCACGUGUAUUCAACACUACCGGUGGGUGUUUUGAAGUAAUGAACGACAUCGCUAGAUCAUUUUACAAGUCAAUGGAAACUCUUUUGGUCGAUUUCAGUUUCUUGUACAAAGGAUUCAAGUACUCACUUGGGAAUACCUACGCGAUGACCAUGAACAUUAUUGACAAUCCACGUGGAAACAAUUUUAAAGAAGUGAAAACCGCAUGCUGUGGAAGCGGAAAAUUCAAUGGAGCAGGAGAAUGUAAAGAGGGAGCAAAUCUUUGUUUCAAUAGAGAUGAUUUCUUGUUCUGGGAUUGGUUUCAUCCGACUGAAAAGGCAUCUGAACUUGCAGCUCUAACACUUGCUUAUGCUGAAGGGACUGAAUAUGUGACGCCCAUGAAUUUUAGUAGCUUGGCUAUAGCAUAA